AUGGGCUUGAAGGAUCACUUGAGGCAUGACCUAGGCCACCUCUAUGAGGACAGCACUGAGACGCAAAUAAGUGCCAUUGCACCUUGGUCAGUGGUAGAGAAACCAACCAUGGAUAAAGUUAACUCUAGGAAGGAGGAUGCUAACAAGGAAACUUCUGAAGAAACUGGAAGCUCCAGUUGUGAUUCUGAGGAGAGCACAAAUUCCGAUAAUGAAUUGGAACGACCAGCUAUAAUUGGACCAGAAUCAUGCUUCUUACCUAAGACUCACAGACCACUGUGCAGGUCUCCUUGCUUAGAACCACAUAUAUUAAAGCGCAAUGAAAUCUUGCAAGACCUUAAGCUGGAGGAAGCUCAGAUAGGGUCUAAAGAACUGAAGAAACCUCCUGACGUGGUGAAAGAGUAUCAAACCAAACUGGAGUUUGCACUUAAGUUAGGUUAUUCUGAGGAACAGGUUCAACUUGUCCUGAAUAAGCUGGGUACUGAUGCUUUAAUCAAUGAUAUAUUGGGAGAACUUGUCAAACUUGGAAAUAAAACUGAGACGGAUCAGAGUGUAAGUAACAUUAACGCUAGCAUAAUGCGAGAAGCAUCUUCUGUUGAGUCUCAGAGAUCUGACUCCCCGCUUCCGGAAGAUGUGCCAGUGGAUGGUGAUAACCUCAGACCUAUAGUUAUCGAUGGCAGCAAUGUGGCAAUGAGGUAUGUUACAGUGGAAUGAUAGCCGUUGUGUAUUGGGGUUUCAGUUGUAACAGGUGAGCAUAUUACUGCCCUUCUGUUACUUGUGAUGUUACAUGAUCAGGGAUAACCAAUGUGGUGCUUUCCAAAUGGUGUUGGAUUACAGUUCCCCUCAUCCCAGACGAUCAGCCAUGCUAACCAGGGUUGAUGGGAGUUGGUGCUCUGACAAACGCGGGUCCCUUCUUCCAGCUCUGAUUCUAACAUCUGCACUGCUUUGGCUACCCCUGCAUAUAGGUAGACUGCCAGCCUAGCAGUUUGAAAGCACACUAGUGCAAGUAGAUAAAUAGGUACCACUGUGACGGGAAAGUAAAUUAUGUUUCCAUGCGCUCUGGCUUCCAUCACAGUGUUCCGUUGCGCCAGAAGCGGUUGAGUCAUGCUGCCCGCAUGACCCGGAAAGCUGUCUGUGGACAAACACCGGCUCCCUCAGCCUGAAAGCGAGAUGAGCACCACACCCCAUAGUCGCCUUUGAUUGGACUUAUCCGUCCAGGGGUCCUUUACCUUUUUUUACUUUUACCUAUAGGUAGAGUAUAAUCCACUCAAAAUAGUUCCCCAUCAAGUAAGAAGCAAACAGAAUAGUAAGCAAACAUUUACAUUGCUAAAUCACAAUAUGCACCAUUACUUCAUGAACUUGAGCGACAACCUGUUAAAAAUAGUUUAAAAUUCCAACGAUAAAACUUGCUGAAAAAUAUGAGAGGUUAUUGAGUCCUUCAUCAACUUCAGUGUCACGGUAGCAAACAAAAGCCUGGUGCAAAGCAUACUAUUAGCAGUGCACAGGAGACAUAUACACCAUACACACGUUCUGUAGAAGGGAAAAAUAAAAAUUUCAUUACUGUUAUCACACAAGAUUAGUCACAGAUUUCCAAAAACACAACAGUAGCAAUAAAACUCAAUCCUAUACACAUUUAGAAAAAGAAACCUACCUCCUGAACUACCAAGGGCUUCUAAAACAUUCACAAGACUUAAACUGCAAUCAUUUUCUCACUUAUUUGGGAGCAGGCCCCAUUUAAUUCAGCGCAACUUACUUCUGGGUGGACAUGUAUAGAGUUGCACUGUGAAAAAUGCCUGAAUGGUUAAUGGCUGGAGAUAUAUACCGCUUGAGAAAGCAUAAGGAAAGCUAUAUUUCACUAUAGAGAGUAGGCAUUCCCUCUGAGAUGGUUAUUUUGAAUCCCCCUUGUGUUGGAAAGCCGUACAUGAGAGCUUGCUUUCCCUUUCCAUGGGAAAGUGUAUUCAGAACUGAGGAAGAGAUUCCCUUGGUUUCAACACUAGAACUCUUGGGCAUUCAAUGAAGCUGACUGUUGGACAACUUAAGAGAGAUGAAAUUAUGUACUUCUGUACACAGUGCACAUUAAGCUAUGAACUUGCUCUCAACUCGAAUGCUUUAAAGGAGGAGCAGGCAAAUUCAAAGAGGGCAGUGCUAUCAGCUAUCAACAUUUACUAGCCACGAUGGCUAUGUUCUGCCUCCACCGUCAGAGGCAAUAUGUCUCUUAAUACAAGUUUGGAAAUUGCAGUUGGGUGUAGGGCUGUUUCACUCAUGUCCAGCCUUGCAGACCUUCCCACAGGCAUCUGGUUGGCCCCUCUGAGAACAGGAUGCUGAGCAAGAUAGGCCAUUUGCUUGAUUCAGCAGACUUGUCUCAUGUUCCGUGUGGGGUUUUCUGUAUUUUAACCGUGAGAGCAGAAAUUUAGUAGAAUGAAAACUGAACUAAGAUUCUUUGCGUGCACAAGAUUAUCCAAAGUAAUGGCAGAUAUUCAGUAGGGACGCGGGUGGCGCUGUGGGUUAAACCACAGAGCCUCGGACUUGCCGAUCAGAAGGUCGGCGGUUCGAAUCCCCGCGACGGGGUGAGCUCCCAUUGCUUGGUCCCUGCUCCUGCCAACCUAGCAGUUUGAAAGCACAUCAAAGUGCAAGUAGAUAAAUAGGUACCACUCUGGAGGGAAGGUAAACACCGCUUCCGUGCGCUGCUCUGGUUCACCAGAAGCGGCUUAGUCAUGCUGGCCACAUGACCCGGAAGCUGUACGCCGGCUCCCUCGGCCAAUAAAGCAAGAUGAGCGCCGCAACCCCAGAGUUGGCCAUAACGGACCUAACGGUCAGGGAUCCCUUUACCUUUUUAACAGUACUGCAAGGGCGAAUACAGAAGGGAAAAUGUACGUGUGCACGUAUAAAUAUUGAGCUAACCAUGUUGGCUCAACAAAGCUCCUUAUACCACUAUUGGGAUGUAGAAAACAGAAUGUGAAAUGUCAGGAAAUAUGAUGAUAGGAUGAUAGAUGAAUAUAGCAGAUCCAAUUUAUACAUCACAAAAGUGUCCCCAGUCUGUUUUUAUGACAUAUAAUGUAUUCAAAGUAUUAUAUUAGACUGUACUGAACUAAUCGCUUGUGACUGUUUCCAUAUUCUUCUUGGAUGUUAUUUGGCGUUUAAAAGCUCAGCAGAGAUGAGCUUGGUGCAGAGUUCCUGCAGGAAGAGCAUGCUUGACAAUCAAACUGAGAUUCUGACUUGGUAAAAUGGGAAAGCUACAUUUAUUACUGGCCAAUAUGUGGUUGAUAGGAAACAUCCCCAGUUCCUUCUAACUAAGGUGGAGAUGGCUUGAGCCAUGCUUGCUCUUGCAGCUCAGAUGAAGAGAGAUUUGAGAGUGUCUUCUGUCGCGAGGAAGGCAUGAAGGAAAAGAGGCAUUGAGGUCAGGUCAGCAGCUUCAUGUCUAACACUGAAGGAACAUCGAGAGGUUAGCACAAGGAGGACAGCUUAGGAAACUUGGCGAUUUAUCUCCAUCUACCCUUCCCAAGCAAGGGAUGCGGGUGGCGCUGUGGGUUAAACCACAGAACCUAGGACUUGCCGAUCAGAAGGUCGGCAGUUCAAAUCCCCGCGACAGGGUGAGCUCCUGUUGCUCGGUCCCUGCUCCUGCCAACCUAGCAGUUCGAAAGCACGUCAAAGUGCCAGUAGAUAAAUAGGUACCACUCCGGCGGGAAGGUAAACGGCAUUUCCAUGUGCUGCUCUGAUUCGCCAGAAGCAGCUUAGUCAUGCUGGCCACAUGACCCGGAAACUGUACGCCAGCUCCCUCGGCCAAUAAAGCGAGAUGAGCGCCGCAACCCCAGAGUCGGCCACGACUGGACCUAAUGGUCAGGGGUCCCUUUACCUUUACUUUACCCUUCCCAAGCAGGUAUAUUGGCCUACAGCACUUCUCAUAGUAAUUUUGUCCCAUAAUACACUGGUAGAUUUAGACAUUAUGCCGAAGCAUAUCGUGUUUUAGAAUCCAAACGUUCAGACACCAACUCCUGGUUUCAUGUAUGUCGUUCCCCCCAGCACCUGUGGUUACUUAAUUCAGGUUUCUUCACCCUGUAGCAUGGCAGCCUUGACUAUGCACAGUUCCCUAAGGAAUUCCAGGAUCUGGUAGAUGAAGCAGAAUGUUAAUUGACACUCUUUCUGAAAAGCUACGUAUAACUAGAAAACUUCACUCCUCCUCUCCCACCACCAAAUUGAUCUAGCUUGCCUCUUAUUUUAUUGGAACGACUCAAAGAACCACAAAUGAAAUAUUGGAUGGCAUCCACUGGUGGAUUUGUCCAGGUGGAAAGUGCUUUGGCAAGUUGGGGCAACCAGUUUCCACCGCUCCCACCUACCUGCUGUAACUUUCCAUUGUGACUCUCCUUUUAUGUUCUGGAGUAUCCUUCUUCAACUAGGUUCUUUUCAGAUGCCUGGAUUACAGUCUCCCUUAUCUGAUGAUCAGCCAUACUGCAGCCAAGACUGAUGGGAGCUGUAAGCUAAAACACCUGAGGGCAGCAUGUUGGGAAAAGCUGUUUGGCAUUCUACCCCCACCCCCACCCCCAGAACAGCCUUGGAGGGGGGCUUAACUAGUUGAGGAUAACUGGCAUAAAUUGGGUACUCCAACAUACAGAACCACUCCUGAAUAUAACCCAAUAUCUUUUAUCUGCUAAAAGGACAAUUUUAUGUGAAUUGAAUGUAAUUAUAUAGUUGACAUUUAGCCAGAAUGCUGAAGCUGAUACAACCAAAUUAUUUUUUUAGUAAGCCCUAUAGUAAGGAUAAAGAACUGAUCUUAAAAUCCUAGUGAAGGUAAUUGCAGACUCCCCACUGCCUUUAAUGGAAUCAGGCUUUCGUUGAGCUGACCUUAUAGCUGCCUUCGGAGUACUGAACCACGCUAAGCUUGUUUUUAAAAGUACAUCCAAUUAUGUCAAGUGACAUGUUCCCAUUUCCAAGAAGCUGCUGGUGGCUAAAGUAAUCGACUUUUACAUCCCCAUGACAUUUGUUUUCCUAGCUCAGGGUACAGAGAAGUGCCUUUUGUUACUAUUGCUGCCAAAAGAAUAACUCCCCGCCCCACCCCCCACCCAAAUAAUCGUGACUUUGCCAUAACAUCUCAUAGCUACAAGUCAUGGGGGAAACACAGUUAUAAAAUCAGUGGCAAUAUAUUUCAGAGCUAAGCUGCUCGCCGUUCAGGUAUACUUUCUCUUUACAGCUGCAGAUGACUGACACUUAAUUGCAUGAAUUCAAAGUAAUUGUGCAUUUUGCUGGAUACAAAGAACGAGGGUGACUCAUCACUGAUGUGAUUUUUGCAAGAGCCUUGACUUCCAGCUCUAAGCCAGCAAGUCUUUUCAGCAGUGGUUCUCAAACUUUUCCCUCUGAGCCACGCUUUCAGAAUAACAAUUUGCUCGCCCCACACCACAUUUCUUAUUGAUAAGAAAUACAUUGGAAAACAAAAAAGAAACAAUUCCUUGCAGUGCUUGAUUGGUAACAGAGAACACAACUGCUUUACAAUGUGAUCGUGGGGCAUCCAGGAAGUAUAAAACAAUGCAGCUACAAUAUUCAUUCCAAAAAUAAAAUUAUAAACAAGCCUCUUACAUGUGUCCCUUAAGUAUGCACACAACCUCAAAUGAGAGGCGUGAGCUUGCUUUUGCCGGGUAAUCUCAUUUAUAUUAGGUCUAAUUUGAGACAAAAAAAAUUUCUGAUCUUUCAUAUUUGUCAGAGUUGAAAAUCCUUGUUCACAACAACAUGGCAUGGAGAACUGUAGAAGAAUAGUCAAGAUACCCUCCAGCACUCUGUUGAAAGACGAUUCUGGAUCACAGCUAGGAUUGUCCUCAAUAUCGCCUGAUGCUUUUGCUCUCAUUUUGAAAAGUCUGCAAAUAAAAAAACACCAUGUUGGUAAUAUACUAUACAGUACUACACUGAAAUAGGGACAUGGGUGGCGUUGUGGGUUAAACCACAGGGCCCAGGACUUGCCGAUCAGAAGGUCGGCGUUUCGAAUCCCCGCGAUGGGGUGAGCUCCUGUUGCUCGGUCCCAGCUCCUGCCAACCUAGCAGUUCGAAAGCACGUCAAAGUGCAAGGAGAUAAAUAGGUACCGCUCCAGUGGGAAGGUAAAUGGCGUUUCCGUGCACUGCUCUGGUUCGCCAGAAGCGGCUUUGUCAUGUUGGCUACAUGACCCGGAAGCUGUACGCCGGCUCCCUUGGCCAAUAAAGCGAGAUGAGUGCCGCAACCCCAGAGUCGGCCAUGACUGGACCUAAUGGUCAGGGGUCCCUUUACCUUUACUACACUGAAAUAUUCAGAUGUUUCUUUGGUUGUCCUUGAAUCUUCCUGCCACACCAGUGUGGCUCCCCAUGUCCUAGACAACCACUGUUUUACAGUCAUAAUAAUGUAUCAAUCAGAUUAGGUUUUGUGCUUUAUGAAAGCUAGAACUAAGUAGUGGGUUUUAUAAAGGAAACGUAGGACCAAAACUCACUAUGCAGCCUUUACAGGAAUAGUGCAUUCCUUUCAAAGUAUGUGGACUUUGUUUUGGGUUAUGCCCUAUGUUUUCUGGAGGAAUGGUUUUGGUUCCAUAGGCGUUACAAUGAAGCAUUUUUAAGAAGGGUUUAGAAUUAAUUCAGGUGGUAGUUGACUUAAGUUUUACUCAAGGGUAAACCCAUUGAAAUUAAUGAACAUGACUAAGUUAGGUCCAUUAAUUUCAAUGGGUGUACCCUGAGUAAAGUGGAAUAACACCCUUUAUAAUUACCAUAUAAAUCAAAUCAGCACCUUAAAACCCUGAAGCAACUAUAAAACCCAAAAGAAAAUGCACAGCAAAGUGAAAAUCCAAAAAAUAGUGGAUCUGAAUAAAGUUUAUAAUAAAUUAUUGGUGUUUGCCAAUGGGAAUGGAGUAAUUAGUAGGCUUCUCUGGUGUGCAAAUGAUAUAGUUGCUCCAUGUAUUCCAGCAUAGAACUAUCUGAUGAUUCCUUGAAAAUAAAACUUCCACUUCAAAUGAUAAAAAAGCCACCUUGGUCCCUUAUUCUUUGGAGUUUGCUGAAGUCUUGCAUACCUGAUAUUGCUUGAACUCCUCCCAAAUGAGAACUUUAUGGUCAAUAUAAAGUAGACAUAUAUUAGCACAUAUUGGGAUGAUCAUAGACUACAUUUCAGAACAGAUCUUUUAGGAUUUUAAGCUGUGCCUUUCUAACUACUUUGGCCGGGUGCUUUAAAGUUAGCACACAUCCCAGCUUUUUUCUGGACCCAUAAUUUCAAUGGGAAGUUUCCUUUUGAAGAGCCAGAGUAGCAUGAAUAACAUUUGAGAUAUCCUGCUAGCAGUUAUUAGUGAUUGGCUUGCUGAGUUCUCUUUUCUGAUAUGUUGGUUGAAAUGAAUAAACUUACAAAGGGAGUAAAACAACGUCCCUGUUCUGUAUACACUAAAGAUGUUUCCAAACUUAAAGCAUGGUUGCUUUUGGGAAUUUAUUGUUGGUGUUGUCUUGAUAAAUAACUUUUUAUAUACUUCUGACUUUUUCUAAUGAUGUGUGGCCCCCACAUCAAGGAACUCAAUCCCACCGCUCUUCCCGACUUCAGAAUUUGUAUGCGAAGACUAGAAAGUGACUUCAACAGUUAUGCAUUAAGGAGAAAGUGCUAGUCAGAAAAUACCAAUAUGAAAUUCAACAGGGUGUUCCUGGAUUAAGAAGCACUAAGAUUUGACGAUAUGAAAGUGAGAUCAUUUAAACUGAUGUGUCAUUAAACUAGAAAGAAGAAAUUAACUGAAGCCUGAGUAAAUACUUUGUAAGGGAACAGAGCACUUAUGCCUCCUCCUCCUCCUCCUCCUCCUCCUCCUCCUCCUUCUUUGGUGAUCACUCGUAGCCCAGUAAGAUUGUCUUCCAUAUACUGGCUGAAUGUUGUCUUAACAAGGACUUCUGUGUAUUACAUCCUCCUGUUUUUCCAAAACGCUCAAAUCCCUAAGAACCACUGUUCACAAGGAUGCUCCUCACAUUCACUUUCCGAGGAUAGAAGUGUGCUUCUGGUAAGCAUGGUUGUUUCUGAAGAAGUAUAUGAAAUAUUGGAGUUGUGAAGUGCACACCUGCUUCAAAGAGGAGCUGUUCUGAGGUAUGCGAGUCUUCUCUCAGAAACAUGCACAGGUAGUAUAUAUUCCAUUAUUUGCCCUUUGAGCUGUCCAAAGACAAAAGUGCAUAUAAGCUGCUCUUGAAAAUGCUACCUCUACCAUUUUUGUGGUAACCCAGAGACUAGUUCUGCAUCUAGCUGAAUAUUGGCUGGCAAUGGUUCUGCAGGUUUUCAGACAAGAGUCUGUGUUAUGUACUGAGUUGAAUAGGAUCCAAAAUGCAGCAGUCUGAUUGGUCCUAGACCGAUAGGAUUCAGAAUGCAGCAGUCUGAUUGGUCCUAGAACAAUAGGAUUCAGAAUGCAGCAGUCUGAUUGGUCCUAGAACAAUAGGAUUCAGAAUGCAGCAGUCUGAUUGGUCCUAGAACAAUAGGAUUCAGAAUGCAGCAGUCUGAUUGGUCCUAGAACGAUAGGAUUCAGAAUGCAGCAGUCUGAUUGGUCCUAGAACGAUAGGAUUCAGAAUGCAGCAGUCUGAUUGGUCCUAGAACAAUAGGAUUCAGAAUGCAGCAGUCUGAUUGGUCCUAGAACAAUAGGAUUCAGAAUGCAGCAGUCUGAUUGGUCCUAGAACAAUAGGAUUCAGAAUGCAGUUCAGAAUGCAGCAGUCUGAUUGGUCCUAGAACAAUAGGAUUCAGACUGCAGCGGUCUGAUUGGUCCUAGAACAAUAGGAUUCAGAAUGCAGUUCAGAAUGCAGCAGUCUGAUUGGUCCUAGAACAAUAGGAUUCAGACUGCAGCAGUCUGAUUGGUCCUAGAACAAUAGGAUUCAGAACUCUCGACUUCGGGUAUAUUUCAGUCUCCAAGCCACUGAACCUGGGCCUUUCCUCAUUCAAUGCGUGUGCUGUACCAGUGAGUUGCAGCCCUUUCUCUUGACUUGUUAAGGCCUGUUCCUUGACUUCUGGUCAAGGGGAAAGCCACACGCUUCCUUGAGGGAGGUGAAAGAUGGCAGCCGGGUCACGGAAAGACUCUUGUAAAUAUUUCGUCCCUGGAAAUGAGGAAUUAUCUUGUUGGGAUAUGAAACUGCCGGUGAGCUGGCUCUGGAAAAAAGGCCACCAAGAUGUUAGUAUUCAUUUAUUUACUAUUAAUCACAUUUCUACCCCAUCUUUCCUCCAAGGAGCUCAAGGUGAUACACAUUGUUCUCCCUGUUUUUAUCCUCGCAUCAGCCCUAUGAGGUAGGUUAGGCUGAGAGGCAGCGACUGGCCCAAGGUCACCCUGUGAGGUUGGUGGCCAAGUGAGGAUUCAAACCCUGGUUUGGCAGGUCCUAGUCCAACACUCUAACCACUACACUGCACUGGCUCUCUUUUGUACUAGCAAGACAUGUUUCCCAAGGGCACAGUAUUCUCCCAAGUUUUCAAUCGGGCAACCCAUAACCCAUUUAUAAAUAGCUCUAAUAUAGCUGUACCCCAGGUUUUAUUAGGACAAACUUGCAUAGUUGUUUGGAAGUAUCCAAACCAGAUUUUAGCCGUAUUGAAAUACGUGAUCAUAGAGGAAUAUCCUGAUAAAACCUUGGCAGGGGUUUGCAGCUACACAGCACUUCUGCCCUUUCUGUGAGAGUUGCCACCGACCACGUCACCUUGGGAAUUGCAGGUCUUGGCUGCGGUUCACAAAAGCUAUGGAUGUACCGUGAGGUAAAUGUAACUUUGUGCAACACUCAGAUGUCAUCUUUUCAGAUUUGAAUAUUGAGGACGUAAGGAGGUCAAAAUAAAUUUUAUUGGAUUCUAAUAAAUAUAGUUUGUUCUGCAAGCAUAUCUAUGUUCCUGGCUGCCACCAGACUCCCUGCUUUCUGUUUUAAUUCCAAUUUGAUGCGGCUGUGUGUGAGAGGAACUCCCAAACUCAUGUGCAUUGUCACGCAUGUGUGGCUUGGUUUGCUCCCUUUUUGAGUUGUUACCAGCUGGUGUGAAAUAGGCUUCAUGUUUCUGGUUUAACGUGAGAGGUAAAUGUGUCCCGUUUUCAGAUAUUUGUGGGUAGUCGAGGUGACUUGGGCUCUGCAUAUGCUGACAUUCAGAGCUGUAGUAUCUAUUGUAUAAGUAGCAUGGUCUUUAUUAGAUAAUUGCACUGCUUUUGGGGGAGACACAUUUUCCAGGUACUUUGAAAUGAAAAGGCCAGUUGUUACGGGUUAAUAUUAUUGGCUGUGCAGUAUGUACACUACUUACUGUUCACUUUGGUUUGACAAGAGCCAUUCAGCUGUCUUGUACAGGUUCGAUACAGCUUGUGGCCGGGUUACUUGAGAGACCCACCUUAUCCUUUAAGUAUCCAAGAGGUCACUGCUUUCAGCAGGAGAGUUCCCCACGGCAUCUUGGAGCAGGACCUGCAUUGUGGCUGCCCCUGCUUUCUUCUAACAGAUACAAAAUGCAGCCACUGUUUAUAGUUUCCAGAAGCAACUGGAUACAUUUUUGUUUCAUCAGGCUCUUCCGUCUGGACGUUCUGUGUCUUGGGUGGUUAUAUAUACAUUUCUUAAACAUAUUUUAAGCUGGUAUUUUUGUAUGACUGCAAAUCACCUUGGGACUUAAACAAAAGGCAAUUUGUAAAUUAAUAAAACAAAUGUAAUAAUCCAGUGUAUUUGGUAUAUUCCAUUCAUAUUCAUCUGGAAAAAGUGAAGGUUGUAAUACAGGAGGACGGUGAUUUUGGGGAUGUUUAUUUCAGCCAUGGAAACAAAGAAGUAUUCUCUUGUCGGGGGAUCAAACUGGCGGUGGACUGGUUUUUGGAAAGAGGCCACAAAGAUGUCACGGUGUUUGUGCCAGCAUGGAGGAAGGAACAGUCCCGACCGGAUGCUCUCAUCACAGGUAUACUUUGCUCUGCCUUCAACAGCUUGAUUUGAAAAGCGUUGCUAGUCAACCAACUUUUACUCAGAGUAGACUAUCCAUUAAUUUCAGUGAGUCUGCUCUGAGUAAAAGUUGAGUGCAACGCUAUGGGACUCCAGAGUGCACAGUAUUUUGCACAGAAUACACAUCAGGCUGGCCUCAUACAUUUUGCCAUAGAGCUAUGAGUUAUAAUCCAGACACCAUAGGAAAUAAUAUCACUACAUUGCUUCUGAUCCUGUGAUUUGCCUCCCCGCUAAAGUACUGCAAGACUAAUAAAUAAACAUGUAAAGUGGCCAAUAAUUCAUUCUCCUUAUGGUUGUAACAUAUUGCUUGUACAGAGAAAAAUUCAUAUGAAUGAGUCUGUGCAGGGUUGUAGAGCCUCUCAAAAGCUGCUUGUUAAUUAUGUAAGGCCCUUGCACUGAAACCUUGUCCAAGUCCUUUUGAACAUUUUUCAGAGUUGUAUGCACAUAAUGCCCAAAAUUUUUAGACUCUUCCCUUUAACACUCAGUAUACACGAGGUGAGCAAAAGGUUGUUCUUUAGCAUGCAUUUUUCUGGGAAGAUUGUAUCACUGGGAGAGGGAAGAUGCUCAAAUCCUGAUUUUGAUAGACAUUUGGUUUAAAAACAUAGCUUGUGCUUAAUUAUAUGUUUUAAAAACAUAGCUUGUGCUUAAUUAUAUUUUAAAUGGGGAACUUUUUUCCGUUCUUCUGUUAAGUAUCUUUGAAAUCAAGAACCCCUGUUUAAUAUGUGUUACUAGAAUUAACUUCAGUAUUCCUUGCUCCUAAGUGUAAGCAUGACUGUAGAUCCUGGCAAAUGUAAUUUAUGUUUAUAUAUUUUUAAUGCGUUGCUGAAUAUUAGUCAUCUUCUUCCAGCAGACUCAGAAGUGCUUUUGUUAAGUCAUUCUUCUCUGAACAUCUGCUCUCUUGUAACUGAGCUCAGUUGUAGGCCGAAUAAAGUACUGACCUCAGUGCUCUGCUUUCCCCCCUUUACUAUAUAUAGACCAAGAAAUCCUGCGUAAAUUAGAGAAAGAGAAAAUUUUGGUGUUCACCCCAUCCCGCCGUGUUCAGGGGAGAAGGGUGGUGUGCUAUGACGACCGGUUCAUAGUGAAGUUGGCCUUUGAGUCGGAUGGCAUAAUUGUGUCAAACGAUAACUACAGGGAUCUUGCAAAUGAAAAGCCAGAAUGGAAGAAGUUCAUUGAUGAACGGCUGCUGAUGUAUUCAUUUGUCAAUGACAAGUAAGUUGUAGUUUUUUUAUUUAAAAAAAAUCUUGCUGGAAAAUAAUUGGCUGCGGGACUUGGAGCAUAUACUGGAUUUUAUAGGCAUACAUACAUGCCUGGUAACAUUUCUGCGCAUGCAAUAAGCUUAAUGGAUCUUGUGCUUCGGUGGUGGUCAGCUUUUUGCAAUAAUAAAAAUACAGCCUGCUCUCCUUUCAUGCAGAGCAUUUAUGAGACCCCUGCCCCACUGAAAAUUCUUGUAGCUACAUAUAGAGUUGCAGCUCUAAUCUUUCUUCACCUGUUCCAAGACAAAUCACUUCAUUACUGUGGUAUGAGCAAGUGGUCUUUUGGUACAUGAACCAAAGCAGCCUUUUCCCCCUGGCAAAUAGUUGCAUGUCUGUAUUCAACAAUUACGUGCUCAGAACAGACCCGUUGAAAUUAAUGAACGUAACUACACUAGGUCCAUUAAUUUCAAUAGGUCUACAGUGUAAAGGUUAGUUGUAUGUUCACAACUGCUUCUAAAAACAAAGAUAGGAUCAAUGUCUGAGAACGCCCUUUGCCAGCCUUGCUCUCCAGACCAAAAAAUGUGGACUGCACCAAGUUAGCAAAGGCUGUCUUGGAAAACAAUUUCUCGAACUGAUGAGAUCUUUUCUCCUUCUGAGGCUUCAUGAAUGUAGAUUGCUAUGACAUUCGACUCAAGUACUGCUCUUCUGUUUUAAAGAUUUCUAAAUAGUGCUGACUGGUUAGGUUUUAAGUAAACUGCUAACCUUGACAUUUGGUUUGAAAAGUCUUCUGCGUAGAGAUCCACAAGCUGGAACUGAGUUUAAGGGGGAAAUAUGUAAUGCUAUGACACUAGCAGCUAGAGUAGCCUGGCUUUGUGAAUUAAUUGAGUGAGGCUAGAGUUUCAGUCUCAAAAUAUAGUCUUAAUCAUGUCUACCCAGAAAUAAGUCCUAUUGAGUUCAGUGUGGCUUACUCCCGGGUAAAUUGAGUUAGGUUUGCAGCUCUAGUUUACAAGGCUGUUUUGUUUUCCAGAACAAUAUAUGGAAUGCAUCUGAAAUAAUCUGGGAAUACUUAAUAUCCUAUUUAGAAAUAGAAAGUGGUAUUCUUUUCAGAUGUUAAGACCAAGAAUGUGGGUUACUGAAUGCCUUGUUUAUUUAAUUAUUAAAUAUGUAUAUAUCUUGAUAGAUUUAUGCCUCCUGAUGACCCCCUUGGCCGCCAUGGCCCAAGCCUGGAUAAUUUUCUGAGGAAGAAACCUAUUGUACCAGAACAUAAGAAGCAACCAUGUCCAUAUGGUAACCUUCUUUUCCUAACUAAACACUAAUUAUAUUUUAAGAAACAAGGCCCGAUUGCUUGUUUGGGUCUGUGUAAAACGUGUCUUUGUAAAACGUUGCUGCGGAAUUUUGUUACAACUUCCUUUCAAUAAUAGGUUCUUGUCCUGUUGGCUUUGCUGAAAGACAUUCCCAGAGUUGGAACGCAUAUUUCUGGAACUGUGGUUCACAAAACCAUUGUGAUCAUGAGCGUAUAAUGUUCCCCAGACCUAAAUUUAAAUCCCUGCCUGAUCAAGACAGCAUGAGUUCUUCACUUUGAAAAUGGGAGAAUAAUAGUAGCCUGCAAUAUAGUGGCUACAUAGUUAGAAAUCAGAGUAAUAAACAGCAAACAGACCAGUGUGUAUAAACACACACUCUCUCUGUGUUCAGCUGGCAUUACUGAUGCCACAUCUUAUCUAACUGCAGAACGUUUAACUAUCCUAAAAGCAUCCUUGACCUGUGAUUCAGUGUUAUUUUCAUCCCCUUUUGUCUUCAUGCCGGUGAAGAAUCACAUUAUCUCUUUCUCCCCCCUCCCCUUUGUUCACUUAAAUCUCCAAACGACAAAUUUGCAGGGAAGAAAUGCACUUAUGGACACAAAUGCAAAUACUACCACCCGGAAAGAGGAAAUCAGCCUCAGAGGUCAGUAGCGGACGAGCUUCGCGCCAUGUCCAGGAGCACAGCUGCCAAAGCUGCUAGCGAAGGAGGUCUGGUGAAGAGCAACAGCGUCCCUUGCAGCACUAAGAUAGAUAGCGCUUCGGAUCUCAAGCGAGCCACUCCAAAGAGGCAAUCGGAUCCUAGCAUAAGGACUCAGGUCUACCAAGACUUGGAGGAAAAGCUUCCCACCAAAAACAAGUUGGAAACCAGGUCUGUACCUUCCCUCGUUAGUAUACCGAACUCUGCUGCUGCAAAACCCCAAAGUACUGCACCUUUGAGCAAUGGCCUUCCCUCCGGAGUUCAUUUCUCACCUCAGGAUCAAAGAGCGCAGGGGGCGUAUCCUCCAGUGUUGAUGGCAACCAAAAACCACGGAACGCCAAUGCCUUACGAGCAAUAUCCCAAAUGUGACUCCCCUGUGGACGCCGGCUACUACUCCAUGCUGAACGCAUACCCCAACCUAAGCAUCUCUGGCCCACGAAGUCCCGAAAGGCAUUUCUCUUUGGACACCGACUACAGGAUUAGCUCGGUAGCUUCCGACUGCAGCAGCGAAGGGAGCACCAGCUGCGGCAGUAGCGAUUCCUACAUGGGCUACAGCGACCGGUCCUACGUCAGCUCUCCCGACCCCCAGCUGGAAGAGAACUUGAAGUGCCAGCACAUGCACCCCCACGGCCACCUGAGCUCGCAGCCCUUCCUGCAGGGCUACCACGAGACGCUGACCAGGGUGCAGAGCUACAGUCACGAAGAACCAAAGCACCACCACAAAUCUCCUCUUCCCUACAUGGCGGUCCACCUCCAGCAUCCUGCCGUCGGCGCUCGGUCCAGUUGCCCUGGCGAUUACCCGGCUCCCCAGAGCUCGCCCCGCUCCAAGGGCAGGCACCUGGGGAGAGCCCUCGUGUCCACCCGAGUAGACAGCAUAUCGGACUCGCGUCUGUACGAUAAUUCCCCGCUGAGGCAUCGGAAAACGUACUCCGGCCAGGACGGACUCGGCAGCUGGGACAGGCAAGGCUACGGGGUCGACGCGUACGGCUACCGCCAAACUUACUCCUUGCCCAGCAACCCCAGCCAGCCGUGUUACGAGCAGUUUGCCUUCCAAAGCUUGCCUGAGCAGCAGGAUCAGCCUUGGCGGAUCCCUUACUGCGGGAUCCCCCCAGACCCGCCGCGGUACCAGGAUAACCGAGAGAAGGUCUACAUCAACCUGUGCAACAUUUUCCCUCCAGAUCUUGUGAGGAUCGUCAUGAAAAGGAACCCUCACAUGACGGACGCUCAGCAGCUCGCUGCCGCCAUUUUGGUGGAGAAAUCUCAGCUCGGUUAUUGA